AGGAGGCUUCCUGGCAUGGCGUGCUCUGCUGCAGGACAAGCUGCACAGGCAGAUCCCAGCCAGGGAAAAGCAGCUGUUAUAAGGGCAUGCCUUUCCAAAACCGAAGGGCUCUCCAUCCCAAAUUACACAAAAGCAUUUUAUCCCUUUCCAGUGCCUUCCUCUCCCUCUUACAUUCCAACUGUCAGUCUGUACUCCUUUUAUUCCCCCUCCUUUAUUCCACAAAGUGGCCUUAACGGCUUCUCUCCCCGUUUUUUUUACUAUUGCACUUCUUUUCUUUCACCCCUUCCGCGCGCCCCCCCCCCGCAUCCGGGCGCUCCGCCCAUAAAGCACCGUCACUGCGCCUGCGCAAAGAGCUUGGAGUCCCUUCGACCUCUACAACGGCACCAGCUCAGGCGGAGGAGCCGCUGCUGCCGGGUUAGAGUGAGCCACAAGGCCAAACCCCGGGAUCCCCGCGCAGCCCCAUUGCGCCACUGGCCCGCCUGUUCAUCCACUGGAGCAGUAACAGUAACAACCAUGUUUGUCUGUGUCAGGCUCGCCGCAGGCUCCCCCGCAUUGAUGCGUACUGGAUCAAGAAUUCUAUACAGACCAAUUUCUGCAACGGUGUUGUCUAGGCCGGAAGCCAGGACUGGAGAGGGCAACACAGUUUUCCUUACUGGGGCUCACAACACUGGCAGUCAACUAGCACUAAGGGAGUUUCAAACUAGUGCUAUCAGCAGGGACAUUGACACGGCUGCCAAAUUUAUUGGUGCUGGUGCUGCCACAGUAGGAGUGGCUGGUUCUGGUGCUGGUAUCGGAACAGUCUUCGGGAGUUUAAUCAUUGGCUAUGCCAGGAAUCCUUCUCUGAAGCAGCAGUUAUUCUCCUAUGCUAUUCUGGGAUUUGCCCUGUCUGAAGCUAUGGGUCUCUUCUGUCUGAUGGUUGCUUUCUUGAUCCUGUUUGCCAUGUGAAGAGAUCUGUGUGUAACAUUGGCAUCAAUGAACUGCAGUGUGAUUCUGUGAACGUGGGUUCGGAAAAAAUGUUUAUCAUGGAAUGUGUGCUACUUCCAAAGCAGCUUAAUUAAAGAUGGUAACGAGUUUAAA